GCUCUGCUUUUCCUCUCUCUGUGGUUGUUCCCUCCCAGACUUCAUUUUAGCCGCUGCAAGAGUGCCCGCUUGGUGCAAAGGAGGGACCCGAGGAGCUCUGACACCUGACACACCUGACAGACUUUCUUCGUCAUCACAUGCCAGUAUUUUGACAUAGUUUCUCUCGAUGAUGCUUUGGGAAAGAAGGAGCCAUGUCAGAAGACGCUGUUGGUGAGACACCUUUUUCUUUGAAGACCACAGCUUUAAGAGUAUUUGAUCUUCCCCUUUCCUGGUACCAUUCACUAACCCAGAUUAAGAUCUCACCAGGUCUUAAAAAGUUAUUUGUGGUAACCGCAGUGAGUGCUGUAUCUGUGCUGUUCCUUGCCCAUCAUUUCAAAAGAAAACGUGGGAAGAAAGCCAGGAAAGUAUCUCCAUGGGAACCAAGUCAUUUGAUGUUAGACCACAUGAAAACGUCUUCAUCAGAUAAAGGAUCCAGUUGUUCCAGCAGUAGACAAAACCUAUCAUUGUCACUGAGUUCAGCUAAAGAAAAAGGAUUUCAAUCCUAUUUAAAUGCAAAUGGAAGUCUCUUCAGUAAAUAUUCUGGUUCGGUGCAGAGCUUGGCCUCGAUUCAAAGUGCCACAUCCUGUCCUAGCUGUGUAUGUGUCAAUUCCAAUUCCUGGGACAAAGUCGAUGAAGAUGAUGUCAAGCUAGUUAAUAUCCCAGUAACCACUCCAGAAAACUUAUACUUGAUGGGAAUGGAACUUUUUGAAGAAGCACUGCGGCGAUGGGAGCAGGCACUGACUUUUCGUAACAGACAGGUUGAAGAUGAAGCCAACUGUAGUGCAAUCAAGCUUGGGGCAGGGGAUGCUAUUGCAGAAGAAAAUGUUGAUGAUAUCAUUAGUGCUGAAUUCAUUCACAAGCUUGAAUCCUUGCUCCAAAGAGCAUAUCGACUCCAGGAAGAGUUUGAAGCUUCCCUUGGGGCGUCUGAUCCAGCUUCCUUUCACAAUGAUAUUGAUAAAGACACAAAUAGUACUGUGAAAGAUAAUACAGAUGAAUUCAGUCUGCGUGAUACAUUGAGCAUUGGAUCAACAGAUUCAUUUGUUUCAGCUGCAGAGCUUACAGAACACAAAGAGAGCCGUAACUCUUAUAAUCUGGAUUCCUUUUGCCAUUGCCCAUUAUAUGAAGAAGCUAUGCACUUGGCAGAAGAGGGCAAGAUUUAUUCGCGAAUUUUACGGACUGAAAUAUUGGAGUGUUUGGGAGACAGCGAUUUUCUUGCUAAGCUUCACUGUAUCCGGCAAGCUUUUCAGAUUAUCCUUUCAGACACUGCAAAUCGAGUAUUUCUUGCAGAAAGUGGUAGAAAAAUUCUGUGUGCUUUAAUUGCAAGAGCAAGAAAGAACCCCAAUAAAUUUGAAGAAGUGUUUGAUGAAAUGAUUACUUUUUUAGAACAAACAGAUCACUGGGCUAAUACUGAAAUUGAGCUUGCUGCUUGUGGAGUGAAACAUCUAAAUUUCUAUGAUGUUGUUCUGGACUUCAUAUUAAUGGAUUCCUUUGAAGAUUUAGAGAAUCCACCUAUGUCUAUACAGAAUGUGGUUAAUAACCAUUGGCUGAAUUCUUCAUUCAAAGAAACUGCUGUGGCUUCCAGUUGCUGGUCAGUCUUGAAACAAAAAAAGCAAAAAAUGAAGGUUUCUGAUGGCUUCUUUGCCCAUUUCUACUCUAUUUGUGAGCACAUUAGUCCUGUUCUGGCCUGGGGCUUCUUGGGUCCUCGAAAUUCUCUCUAUGAAUUAUGCAGCUUCUUCAAGGAUCAGGUUCUUUAUUUCCUGAAGGACAUUUUUGACUUUGAAAAGGUGCGGUUUUCCACAAUAGACAACCUAACCGAAGACCUUAUGCAGUUGCUGAUUCGGCACACUGAACUCCUCCUGGCCUAUCUUGGGACCGAUUCCCUGAGACACGUCAGUGGCUGCGUCAGCGCAUGCAGCGGACCCACAGCAGCCAGUGGCCUUUUGGAAGCCAAAGUACAAUGAGUUUCCUUUUUUAUUCUUAACAUGAGCACAAUCAUUUGCCUUUCCCCCCUCUCCCUUAAAGAAACUUGUCAUUGCUUGUGUUUAUUUCUAAACAAGGACCUGAACAUCUACAAAGUUGUUAAAUAUGGUCUCAGGGAGGUUUAAAACAUUUGGAAAUCAUUGCUUACUGUAUGUGUCUCAAAAGGACGAGCUCAUUGUCUCUGGUUCUAUGUCCCAACCUUUUUUAAAAAAAUAAUUAAUUUAAAUUUAUUUGUGAAAAUGCUGUAAUUUGGCUUGGAUAAAUUAUUUGUAAUUUAAAGUGAUACAAAGAUAUGUGGUAUAGUGACUAUAUUUGUCUCAGAGGUUUAUAUAGUAGCAAUUACUCAGUAGAAAGUUUCAAAAGCUCUGCUGGCCAUAUGUUUGCCAAGUUGUACACCUUUUUUUGUCUCCAGAGACAUGUGCAAUUAAAUAACAUGUGCAGUGAGAAAUGAUGUUUUGCGUGUGUAAGCUAUCAUUUACAAUGCUACAGAAUGAGUAAAUGCAUUCAGCAUUUAGAAAAAAAUUAUUUCUGUGGGUAUUAUUACUAAAGUUAAGUGCUAAUUUACAUCUGGGUAAAUUCCUCUUUCCUAGUCUAUUAUUCUUUUGAAAUCAUAAUCUGGGGAGGCCUUAAACAAUUGUUUUAGAAUCAUUUACAAAUUGGUUUAAUUCCCUUCCAACUUUAGAGAGCUUUUAAAACUUUAUACUACUUACGAAUAAGCUGGAACCUUGUCUUGUUUGAAUGUAACACUGAAAAUCUAUUUUUAAGAAGAAAAAUGUAUGUCAAAAAACAGAUAAUCAUGCAACAAACAUAAAUAUAUGCUCUGUUAUCAUUUUGAA